AUGGAAUGUAGUUUAAAAUUUAAAAUUCCUAAAGAAUAAAUAAUAUCCUUAUAAGAUUUAUAGAGCUAAUUACUUAUAAAAUCUAAUUAGUUAAAUAAGAACAAGAUAUUGGAAUCUAACAAAAUUAUGAAAACAUUGAAAUAUAAAAUUGAAUAAAGUUAGAAAGAAAUAACUUUAAUAAUGAAAAAUAUAAGAGAUUAAGUUGAUAAGAUCAUUGAAGAUUAAUCGAAAGAGGAUGAGAGAUUUCUGAAACUCGUUAAUGAAAAUUUGAAUCCUUUUGAAUGUUCUUAAGCAGAUUUAGAGUUCCUUGUCAAAUUUUUAAAAGAAGACACUUUUGAUGAAUGGAUUUAGAGGAAACAAUUGGUUACAUCUAAAAUAUAGAAAAUAAUUGUAUUUGUAGAAAGAAUAGUAUAAAGUGGAUAUAAUUCAAGUUUUCUUCUUGAUUAAGUUGAUAAUAAUUUAUAAAGAGCUGAUAACAAAAAAAAAGAAACUAUUCUCCGAUUAAAAGGAUUAAAAGGGUAAAACAAUAAAUUAGUGAACACAACAUUUUAUCUCAUCGAUAAAUAAAAUGGAGACAAAGUUUAUAAAAAAGAUAGUUAGAUACUUAGGAUGUAUAUUAUUUUUUUAUGUUAGAGAAAAGUUUAGAUUAGGAUAACUAAAUGAACAAAUAUUAUUUAACUUGGAAUAAAUGAAAUAUUUAGAAUAUAAAGGAUAAUACGGAAUAAAAGGAUAUAAAAUAAAAUAAUGGAAUUAUUUUUGGAAAGGAUAAUAAGUAGGAGGUGGACAUUAUAAUAUAUUUGGAUAAAAAGAAGGAAAAUGGGUUGAUUUGUGUGAAAAUUAUUGGGAGUAUGAAUAUUAUUAAUUCAUUUUAGUUAAAACAAUGUAAUGAAGAAGGCCAUUAUUGGAAUGAUAGAAGAAUUGGUGUUUGGAAAAUUCAGUGGAAUAAUUAAGUGAUGUAUAUUUUUUUCUGAAAUUUACCUAGUGGAGGGGGAUCUUACGAUAUAGAAGGAGAAGGCAGAAAAAAAGGAAAAUGGAUUGAAAUAACUAAGUUCCAAAUAGAUUCUUAAGUUUCAAAAGAAGGAGAAUAUCAAAAUGGUAAGUAGGAAGAUGGGAUAUUUUUAAAUUUAAAAGAGGAUUAUUUUAUUGGCUGUAAAUAAUAGUUAAUAAAUCUAUGUAGUGGUUUUUCUAUUUAUGACUUGCAAGGAAAUUUAAGUUAAGAAAAAUAUAAGUAUGAAUUGAUUACUCUAAUGUUUUUUAGCAAAAAUCAUAUUAUUUUUAAGGGAAAUUACACUAAUGCUAAAAAAUAUGGAAAAUGGGAUGUAUGGUUUAAAGCAAAUAAUAGAAAUUGUGAGAAACAAAUAAUGUAAAUUGUAAUAUAAAUAAGUUAGUGGGGGAGGAUCAUAUGACGAAGAAGGAAAUUGGGUUAAAAAUGGAAGGUGGAUUGAUUUAGAUGAUGGUUUUGAAUUGAAAAAAUAAAUUACUUACAAUGGUGAGUAUAGAAAUGGGAAAAAAAUUGGUAUAUGGAAUAUUUUGUAUAAAGGAGGAAAGAUGUAAGCAAAAUUAUAUAAAGGUCAUUAUUAUAACUUUCUUAGUGGUGGAGGAUCUUAUGAUGAGAGAGGUGAGGAAAUUAAGAUUGGAGAAUGGAUUGAAAUUGGUUAGGAAUUUAAUGAUGAUUUUUUAAUAACCAAUAAAGGUGAAUAUAAGGAUGGUAAAAAGUUUUGUAGAUGGGAUAUUCUAAUUGGUGGAAAAUAAUAGUAAGAAAGUAUUGCAUAUAUUUAUUAGUGGUGGUGGAUAAUAUUAAGAGGAUAGUAAUAACAGUAAGAUUGGAAAAUGGAUUGAAGUUACUGAGGAAUUUAAAGAUUACUUUUAAAUAACUUAUGAAGGUGAAUAUAAAAAUGGGAAAAAGUUCGGUAAAUGGACUAAUUUGAUUAAAGGAAAAAAAAUGUAAUUAAUUUGAUUAAAAAAUGAUUAGUGGCGGUGGAUAGUAUGAAGAAGAUAUUAAAAACAGUAAGAUAGGAAAAUGGAUUGAUGUUACUGAAGAAUUUAAAGAUUAUAAUUAAAUAAUCUAAAAGGGUGAAUAUAAAAAUGGUAACAAGUUUGGUAGAUGGGAUGUGAUAUUUUAAGGAAAAUGCUAGUAAAAAAUAUUACAUCAAAACUUUUAGUGGUGGUGGAUUCUAUAGUGA